UGUUUGCACCGGCCCCUCAAAAGUCAUCUUUUUACGAAAUUAUCAACCUCGCCAUACGCAUUUUUUCUUGAAACAUCACCAAACAUGCGCUAGCCUUCACACAAGACGUCUAUCAGUGUUUCAAUUGAGUAAAAUUACAACUCGUUUCAAGUUGGUUUCUGCAUUAACUUGGCUUCGCUACCUGGCCUAGCCUAGUUUAUAUUAGCAUGGUGAUCGUGACAAGUGCCGUGAUUUUGUGAACAUGUGUUCUACAAGCACAGCAUACUACGAGGAGGAAGUUUGUGAAACUAGUGAUGAAAACGAAGGACUACGCCGACAACACACAGCAGAGAUCGGUGAUGAUCUUAGUCCUGAGCAGCGAGAGCCUGAGUUCCCUCAUAUGACAGACAAAUUGAAGCUGGAUCAUCUCUACAUGAAAGAGGAGGAGGAGGAUAUCAUUGAGGUUCUACUGACUGGUUUCCCUUUGAAGAGUGAAGAUGAUAGUCAAAGUGAGGAAAACAGAAAUGCAGAGCAUCCCAGCAGCAGCAGCACAGGUCAACACGUGAUACCAGAAGAUGAUGAGGACAACAGUGGGAGAUCACAAGCAGAUGGCCUCAUAGCACCAUUAUCAGACCAUGAUGAUUCAACGUCAUAUGUUCAUGACAAUGAGGAGGAUUACGAAGAGGGUUAUAUGAAAUGUUACGCUGACAGCAAAUGUUGGAAAUGUUCUCAGUGUGGGAAAACUUUUAGUUUUAAGAGUCGUUUGAAAAAUCAUAUGAUUAGCCACACUGGGGAAAAACCUUUCACCUGUUCAGUUUGCGGGCAAGGAUUCUCUGAAAAGGGUAAUUUAAGGAGACACACCAGAACGCACACUGGUGAAAAACCUUUUGCCUGCACAAUGUGUGAUCAAAGGUUCACUCAGAAGGGAGCUCUAAUAUAUCACACAAGAACACAUACUGGGGAAAAGCCUUUUACCUGCUCAUUUUGUGGUCAGAGAUUCCCUGAAAAGGACAAAUUAAGAAUACACACAAGAACCCACACUGGUGAAAAGCCUUUUACCUGCUCAGUUUGUGGUCAAAGAUUCACCCAGAAAGGAGCCUUAAAAUAUCACGCAAGAACACAUACUGGGGAGAAACCUUUCACGUGUUCAGUCUGCGGCCAAAAAUUCUCUCAUAACGGAAACUUAAGAAUCCACCUAAGAACCCACUCAGGAGAUAAACCUUUUGUCUGCUCAAUAUGCGGUCAAACAUUUUCUCGUAAACACGCUCUAACUACACACACAAGAUCGCACACUGGAGAGAAGCCUUUUACUUGCUCAGUUUGUGGCCAAAAAUUCUCUCGCAGACAUGUUUUGACAACACACACAAGAACACACUCUGGCGAGAAACCUUUUGCCUGCACAGUUUGUGGCCAAAGAUUCUCAAAAAAGGCAUCCAUUCAAAGUCACACAAGAACACAUACUGGGGAAAAACCUUUUGCUUGCUCAAUUUGUGGUCAAAAAUUCUCUCAGAAGGGAACUUUGACAAGUCACACAAGAACACACACUGGCGAGAAGCCUUUUUCCUGCUCAAUUUGUGGUCAAAAAUUCUCUCAGAAGGGAACCUUAACAACUCACGCAAGAACCCACACUGGAGAUAAACCCUAUGCCUGCCUUAAUUGUGGUGAAAGAUUCUACCAGAAAGGCAAGAUUAAGAGACACAAGUGUGUUGGUUACAAUAGGGGUGGUCACUGAAACAUGACAUUAAAAUGAAGAUGCUUGAACCCCAUGCAUUACUUGAUUGCAACAGAACUGUUGUGGUUGUCUUACUUGACAGAUUGCAUUGCCUCUCAUCUGAGCAGGUUUAAUCAGGCUUGUUUUUUGUAAUGCUAUGUACUUAAAAGUUAUGGAAAAGUGUAAAGAAUUAACACAUUUAUUAAAGUUCU